CAGGUUAAGCCUCAAAAGGAAAAGUAUGCUGUAAUGAUAUAUAUCCAUGGUGGUGAAUGGGAUCAUGGCAGUGCUAAUAUAUUUCCUGCUCACAUGUUAGCUGCUUCUCAAGAAGUGGUGGUUGUAACUUUCAAUUAUCGUCUUGGAGCACUUGGGUUUUUUGCUACUGGAGAAAGCUCUGCUGCUGGUAAUUAUGGUUUAUUGGAUCAAGCAAUGGCAAUUCAAUGGGUUUAUGAUAAUAUUGGCUCAUUCAAUGGAGAUAAUGAAAAAAUAACUCUAUUUGGCACUGGGGUAGGUGCUGCUAGUGCUGGUAUUCAGGCUUUAUCUAGUAGGUUAGGAAAGAAAAUUCAUCGUGUAAUAGCUCAAAGUGGAUCUGCUGUUGCUGAUUGGGCAGUAAAUUCUAAUAAUUAUACAGUUUUCAACAAUAGUAUGGAAUUUGCUUCAACGUUAAAUUGCCAGUCUCCAUCUUCUUGGAGGACAGUUGAGUGUUUACGUUUUGCAACUUUAAACCUCAUUGAAGCAUCAAAUUAUAAGGUAAUUUUUGUUAUUGAUUUAU